CCAGGAUGGAUUCCUGCAGACGCAGGCAAACUUCCAGAUGGUCGCCAACUCGGCGUCUACCAGGGUGAAACCGUAGGCGCCAUCGCUUCUCACCCUUCGUACCUGCUCGUUUCGAGUUUCGACCAAUGCAUGCAAGCCUGCGACGACACGGAGGGCUGCGUCUUCGCCAACGUGUACCAGGAUCAACACCCAGCUGGCGAGAUACCUAGAGACCUGCCUCCUUCCGCCCGCCCAGCAAAAGUACCAGCUGGGCGAGCUCACGUGCGCACUCGUCUCCAAGUGCCUUGGCGACGACUCUUUCGACAACUACGGCGGGUAGAACGGCCCAAGCUACAUCACCGAGUCGUAGGGCUUCUACAAAUUGGACAGCCGCUGAUCGCUCAAGGACACUUCACGCGUUUCCUCACAUUUGAUCACUUUUCCCGGGCAUAUUCGUGAAGUUCAUCAAUAGCAAAGCAAUACUUUUAAAUAUGGGUC